UUGACACAUUUUUAGGCAGUCCGUAUGACCAACGUUCGCUUAACUAGCUUAAGUUAGCUGGCUAACAUGGAUAGCUAGUAAAGUUAGCAAGCAAUGCCAGGAAUGAAAGACGAAGUGGGACAGAUAUUUUUAGACAUAGCUAACUGGCUAAUAUUAAAUUCGAGCCAGGGAACUGACACAAGAAAUGCAAUGAUGGCCCAGUUGAACCAGCCACAACAUUUAGCUAGCCUCUUCUUCAUGCCGGCAACCAGCAUAGUUAGCUAGGUAACCAACACUUCUAGACAUUCAGUCAGCAACCACCACAGAUUUACUAUUUUUGACCGAUUGGCAACGGGUAGCCAGCUAGCUAUCGGACUGGCUAACGUUAGCUAGCUACCGUAGCUAUUUAACGCCACGUCGUUAGCCAAUCAGUUAACGUUAGCUAGCCAGAUACUGGUAUGUUCAUAUUGUUAGGCUAGCAACGUUAGCCAGCUAGAUAACGCUACUAGUUAGCUAGGUAAUGACAUUACGUUAGCUAACGCCGGUUUGUUUGAACUAGCCAGUAACGUCGUUAGUUAAUGACUGGCAUGAUGACGUUACCACAACUGAAAAGCAAGCCAAAGCUGUCCUUGGACCUGAUGUGAUGGAAGAUUGCCCUGAGUGUUCAAAAUAGCUUGUUGAAACGCUUUAGGAAAUGGACAGAAGAUUAGAAGGAAAGCUUAGGAUCAGCCAGAAAGAGAAAGUGUCCAGUAAUAACACUACACAGUCGCCAUUGAAGACGGGCAUCGUGAUCCAGGACGACUCCCCACACGCUGCGCCCCCGCCCCAGAUCCGCAUUCUGAAGCGGCCCUCCAGUAACGGGUCGUUAGGGUCGCCCCAGGGCCAGAACCGGCCCGCGCCACAGGUCAAGUCCCUGGCCCAGCGGGAGGCGGAGUACGCUGAGGCCAGGAAGAGAAUACUGGGCAGUGCCAGCCCUGAAGAGUCGCCUCAGGAAAAGCCCAACACAGACAGACCAGGGCAUACAAAUUCUACCACACCUCCAGAGGACCGAUCAAACAAUCAUGCUGUCCGCCAACCAGCAGGCCCCGACGGCACUCAAGGCUUCUGCCAAAACAGAUAAGUGGAAGAGGGGCAAUCCUGCUAUUGGGAGAGAUGGAGAGGAAGAUGAAAUGUCUGGGCUCCAGGGGGUAUCACAGGGUUUUAAAAACCAUUUCCUUCUAUUCCAUGGUAUGGGAUCAGCUGUGAAUCGGAAGGCAAAUGUCCUCCCCUCUCAUGGCUCCCACUGGUAAUGUGUGGGAUGGAUUAGAGGCUCUGUAGGAAGCAUGCUUUCUCCCCC